AUGUCCCCAGCAGCGGCGGCGUCCAUGCUCCUCGACGCGUCGGUGGCGCUCAUGCUGUGCGGCUCCGUCACCUUCACCUUCGCCCUCGGCCUCCUCCUCAUGCCCUGGGUCGCCGGCCUCGCGCUCCUCUUCGGCUUCGCCGGCGCCGUCAACACCCUCUCCUCGGGGCUCUUCCUCUUCAACAACAGCAAGCAGCCCCCCGUCGCCGCGCCUGCGCACCGCGCUCGCCGUCUCUCCCCUUCCGAUCAGCUACGGGCGAAUCCGGUCAAUUGGGCGUGGCGGCGCCCCUUUUCCCGGCGGAUCUGA